UCCUCCUCCUCCUCCUUUUUUUUCCCUGCGAAGUGGGAUUCUUUUAUGGGUCGUUGCAUUUGUUGACGCGACAAUUGCGGCGUGUGCACCGGUUAUUUGGCCGGUUGUUUGGCCGGUUGUUGGGUCGUUUGUUUAUUUGUUUGUUCUCUGUACUCGCUAAUUGCUCAUAAACGACUGUGCGCGGCUAAUCGUUCCCCCCACCCCUUCAUUGGAUCGCCCACUAAAUCCAUGCAAUUCCCUCCUCUUUGUUUCUCUCUCGUCUUUCUUUCCAUAGCAUCAUCGUCCCCCUCCUGUACUGGGGCUACCUCGGCUACGAAGGCGAUGCCCACUCCAUGGCCCUCGAGAUGGCGCCCGACUCGCUCUGGCGGAACUACUCCUUCCACGGCGGAGACCUCAUCAUCGUCUUGCUCGAGUUCUUGAUCAAUGCCAUGCCCUUUAUACCAUCACACGUCGUCAUCGUCUUCGCCAUCUGUUUGCUCUACCUCGCCGAGGCCCAUAUCGUCUACCACGUUGACGGAUUCUGGAUCUACCCGUUCCUCGACACCACGGGGGGACCCAUAUGGAUGGCACUCUAUGUUGGGGUCGGCAUCGUGAUCCUGUGCGCGUUCUCUUUCAUGUAUUUCUUACACCGUGGCAGGAAUUGGAUCCGUACCAAGUCACAGCAGGAUCUUGCGAUUGCCGUUUCUGGCCUGCAGGAUCAGCAACAACAACAACAACAACAGGGAAGUGGUGGUCAGGAAGAGAUGGAGGCAGUGGAUGGCUCUAAUGCGAUGGCACAGCAGUCGACCAACAACAGCACGACCCCCUCACAGAUCUACUAUUUGUACCAGGCCCGCUUGAUGGCUCAUGUCCAGACACAGAGCCGGAAGAGGAGCUGCAGUAACAGCAGUGACGAUAGUACGGCCUCGACGCUCGUAGGCUCUGACGAGGGCAUGUCCAAGAAGUUGACGAGGAAAUCGUCCGAUGUCCGGGCCGCGGAAGAGGACUCAUCAACGACCAACGAUGGAGUAGAGCAACAGCAACAGCAACAGCAGCAACGGCAACAGCAACGGCAGCAGCAACUUGAAAAGGUUGAGGAAGCGAGUGAGAGUGACAACGACAACGACAACGACGCCAAGAACAAACACCAUCACGAGGAUCCCUCUCAUCAUCCACGCCCCUAAGCAUCUCCGAUCCAAGCAUUCAAUCCAUUUUGCAUCAUAGAUCCGCUCCAUCCCUACUCCUCCACAACUCUUACAAGAUGUAAAUAGAAUAAACAAUUGCGAUACCAUCGUUCAGAUGUGUUGCACUCUGCACAGUUU